AUGCCCGCCUCACAAAACUUCUCCCCGUCCCCAUCCGACACGAAAAAGCUCAUCGAGAUCCGUCCAAAAGGAAUCCUCCUCCACUCGCACACAUCCCCCCUAGACCAUAAACGCAAACGACACGCCCAGACGCAGAAACACCAACGCGACCGCAUGAAAGCCGCUCUGGAGGUGCUGGCGAACACACUUGAGGCUCAGGGAGUAGGGGCUACCGGGACGAGGGCAGAGGUUGUAGAAUUGGCGGUAGAGUACAUACUUGAGUUGCAGAGGGAGUUGGAGGGGUUGAGAGAUCGAGAUAGUGACAGGAGUGAAUCGCCGUGA